AUGUCAAACCUCCUUGAUCCAAUCACCAUAGGCGGCAAGCUCCCUCUGAGAAACCGUAUCGUCAUGGGUUCAAUGACUCGCAACCGCUGCAUCGAUGAUAACAAACCCGGCCCAGCCCAAAUCAAGCACUACGCUGAUAGAGCCAAGUACGGCACUGGUCUCAUCGUCACUGAAGGCACUUUCGUAGUUCUAGCAACAUGCCUCACAUCCUCUUUCGUAACAGUCAACUUGACAAGGACAUGUCCAAUCUGCUUUACAGAGUUAAACUAUGUCUUUACUCAUGUCCUUGGUUUUAUUAAUAGCCAGUAA